AGGAGCAGGAUGAAGGAGCAAGAGAAAGAGAGGGACGGAGGAGGUGGAAAAGCUGGGAGUAAGAAAGAGAAGGAUCAGAGCUGGAUUCCCAAGAUCAUCAAGAAACGAGUCUGCACCACUUUUGUUGAAGACUCUUUCAGUAAUGGAGCAUUGUGCCAGUGUGGUGGUGUGCGGCACGUGCAUGACUCUGUGGCAACAGCGGACUUCUUUGGAGCUGCCAUUGUCACUCAGUGGGACAGCAGGCAGCACUCUUCAGAGUCGCCCACUGAUGCCUUUGGAGAGCUGGAGUUUGCUGGUGCUGGACGCAGACACAGUCAUUUUCUGCGCCUGUCAUGUGACACAUCGCCUCAGAUCGUCUACACCCUGAUGACAGCUCACUGGGGCCUGCCUUCACCCAACUUAGUGGUGUCGGUGGUGGGGGGUGAAGGCCAUGAGAAGAUCAAAACAUGGGUGAGGGAUGUCCUGAGAAACGGGCUGGUUAAAGCCGCACAGAGCACGGGGGCCUGGAUCUUGACUGGGGGUCUGAGGGAAGGCGUGGCCCGCUGUGUGGGCGAGGCGGUGAGGGACCAUGGGGCUGUGGCUCCUGCUGACUCCCAGAAGAAAGUGAUUGCUGUGGGGCUGGCACCUUGGGGCCUGGUGCACAACAGGCAGCAGCUUGUCAAUGCCCAGGGGAGUUUUCCUGCUCGUUAUUAUGUCCAGAACACAUCACGUGACUCCAGCUGCCUGGACAACAACUGCCAGGCUUUCCUCCUGGUGGAUGAUGGGAGUGUUGGCCGCUGUGGGGGAGAGACAACCUUUCGUGCUAGUCUGGAGGACUACAUUUCCCAUCAGCGCACUGGCAUUUGGGGUAGCGGCAGUAUUGAAAUCCCAGUGCUGUGCAUGCUCAUCUCAGGAGAUGCCAGUAUGUUGGAGAGAUUAGAUACCUCUCUGAAGAAAUCUACACCCUGGUUGGUUCUUGCUGGUUCGGGUCCAGCUGCAGACCUUGUCAGUGAACUGCUUGGUAAUCUCUCCCCUGUUUGCCUCAGUCCCACUUCUUGUCCAGCAGAGGGGGAGGCUACUGAGGGUCACAACGCAGAGCUCCGUGACAAGGUCCGUGACAAAGUUCGGAGACACUUCCCAGUUGAAGCUGAACUGGAAAAACUGGUGGAUAGUGCUCUGAAUAUUUAUCAGAACAGAGAGCUCAUCACUGUUUUCCAUGGGGAACAGGAAGGUUCUGAGGAUUUUGAUACAGUUCUCCUCAAAGCCCUUGUUAGAGCUAGUAAACGUGUGUCCAGUGAUGCCAGUGAGUACAUAGAGGAGUUGAAACUAGCUGUGGCCUGGAACCGAGUGGACAUCGCCAAAACUGAGCUCUUCAACGGAGACAUCCAGUGGAAGUAUGAAGACCUUGAAGACUCCAUGACAGAUGCGCUGGUCAACAACAAGCCCCAGUUUGUGCGUCUCUUCUGUGAGAAUGGCCUGAAUAUCCUGGACUACCUGACAUACGGCCGCUUGGAAACCUUGUACUGCUCGCUGUCAGACAGCUCACUGGCAUACAUUCUGCUCCAGAGGCGUCUGAGUGAGAGGCAGGACCUGGCUGGAUCCCCGUCCAUCCUGGAUGGGGCUGUGACAACACCUCUGAAGAGUCCUCAGAGUGCACUAGGAUCAGCUUCAGCAAUGGAGCUCAAUCUCUAUGAGGUAUCCCGCCUGCUGUGGGACCUGUUGGGUGAUGUCUGUCAGCCUUUCUACUAUGGACCGCUGGGCCUGGACCACAGCACCAGCACCAGGAAGGCUCUCAGGCAAGUCAAUAAAAUGCUGCUGGGGGAGUGUUUGUACCGGGACCAGCGCUGUCUCUCACCCUGGGCAGCCCUCUUCAUCUGGGCUGUCCUGCAGAACCGCAGUGAGAUGGCUGUGUACUUCUGGGAGAUGGCAGGGGAGUCAGUGCUGAGUGCUCUAGGAGGCUGUAAGAUGCUGAGGGAGCUUUCUAAGCUUGAGAGUGAGACUGAGAGCAAGCUUGCCAUGAAAGAAUUGGCACAGAAGUUUGAAAACCUUGCACACGAUGUAUUUGGUGAGUGUUACCAGAACAGCGAGAGUCGCUCCUUCACUCUCCUUAUAAGGAAGUCUCCAGUGUGGGGUGGAGCUACGUGCCUGCAGAUGGCCACUGCAGCUGACGCCCGCCUGUUCUUCAGCCAUGAUGGUGUUCAGUCUUUGCUGUCUCAGAUCUGGUGGGGUGACAUGGAGAGAAGUACUGAGGUCUGGAAACUGGUUCUUACCUUCUUCCUGCCCCCACUCCUCUUCACAGAGCUUAUCAGCUUCAGAGAACAAGAGGAUGAGAUUAAGUCUGUGGAGGUCCAUUUUUACAGAGACACUGAAAGUCUGGAUGGGAAUGAUGCCACCGUCUUCUCCCUUGCUGACAUUAUACCUAAUGAAGAAGAAGAAGCUGAAGAGCUCAGUGCUCUAAAAGAAAACCUGAAAGACCCUUUGCCAUCCAACUCCAAGAGACCAUUCAUUGUAUCACGGUGGAGACAGUUCUGGUUUGCCCCUGUCACCUCAUUCCUCGGCAAUGUGCUGAUGUACUUCCUGUUCCUCUGCCUGUUUGCCUAUGUCCUGUUGGUGGACUUCAAGCCCCCACCCCCUGACGGCCCUUCCACACUGGAAUUUGUGCUUUACUUUUGGGUUUUCACCUUAGUAUGUGAAGAGAUCCGGCAGACCUUCUUCGUGGGCAGCACCUUUGUCCUCCAGAGGAUGAAGAAUUACAUCCAGGAUGUGUGGAACAAGUGUGACCUCACAGCCAUCUCUCUCUUCAUUGUGGCUCUAUGCUGCAGAAUGGGUCCCUGGUCAUAUAAGUUUGGCCGAGCUGUGAUGGCUAUAGACUUCAUGGUCUUCACACUACGUCUCAUCCAUAUCUUUGCCAUCCACAAACACCUUGGGCCCAAAAUCAUCAUUGUUGGCAAAAUGAUGAAGGAUGUUUUCUUCUUCCUUUUUUUCCUGGCUGUGUGGCUCAUGGCUUACGGAGUGACCAAUCAAGCACUCCUCUACUCAUAUGAUCCCCGCCCUGAUUGGAUAUUCCGCAGAGUAUUCUACAGACCAUACCUGCACAUUUUUGGCCAAAUACCCAUAAAUGAAAUGGAUGCUGAUAAAUUGGACGAAGUGAACUGUACGAACAAUGCCACACUAAUUGAAGCUGGGGAGGAGCCCUGUCUGAGCACCUAUGCCAACUGGCUGGUUGUCAUCCUUCUUGUCAUCUACUUGCUGUUUACCAACAUAGUACUGGUCAAUCUACUCAUUGCUAUGUUCAGCUACACCUUCUCCAAAGUACAGGAGAACAGUGACACCUACUGGAAGUUUCAGCGUUACAACCUGAUUGUGGAGUACCACUCAAGGCCCUGCCUGGCACCACCCUUCAUCAUCAUCUCACACAUCCACCUUUUUAUCAAGAGACACAUCCGCCAUAUUCCUUCAGUCAAAAGCAAACACUUUGCUCUUGAUCUCCGGGGCAGAAAUGCCAGCCGCCUCAACACAUGGGAGGCAAUCCACAAAGAAAACUUCCUCACAGCUCAGAAUAAGCGGCAGAGAUGUACAGACACAGCACAACUUAAAUCUACAUCUGUCAAGGUGGACAGUGUGCUGAAGCAGAUGGCAGAGAUCCGUGACCACGACCGAAGGUUGAGGUUGCUGGAGACAGAGCUGGAGUACUGCUGCAGUGCCCUCUCCUGGAUGACGGAUGCUCUGUCUCAGAGUGAUCUGAUAAAAGCUGGCCGCCCCCCUCCUGUCCUCAGAGAUUUGACUCCACUGUCUCCAAGUUUUCCUCUAGGUGACCCAGACAGACUGGACCAGUGGACACUCAACACAAGAAGACAGAACUGGACUCCAAACAAGACUUCCCGUCUGUGCAGUGUACACUUUGAGAGUCAUCACUUCAGCACUGACUCCAGGAUAAAGACACCUUUUUUCAUACAGUACCUCACAAAGAGUCAAGAAACAUAUUAGUUUAAAAUGAUGAAUUAUUGACCAUAAUACAUUUAAAUGCAUUACAUAAAUUAAUAAUUGUCAUACAUUACUAAGUACUCGAUUAGGGCACAGCUUGCUCUGUACUAUUACUGAUAAGGUGAAAUUACUGACACACCAGUGCAGUUUAGUGUUCCCCUGAUGCAAAAGGCCAAAUGAAGAUUUUAUAAAUCAAGGAACAUGACAUGUAUUUACCGACUUUAACGUUUUAGUGCCUUUUAUGCAAAGACCCUUUAUCAAAGUGAGAAUUACUACCUUUUUCCCCACACACAGUCUGUGAAGAACCAAUGGAAAAAAAUAAUCUCAUAAUGAGACAGCCAAACAUAGCAUGAUUCCACAGUGGCAGUGAGCUUUGAAAACAGUUCAGUUUCCUUUUGAUAGCAACAAUUAUUUUAAUGUGGAUGAACUGCAUACUGUACAUGUCAAGUGUUUUGCUUGCUUGCUGUAUUAACCCCACACUUGAAGGGGUGUGCCAACGCUGAACAUUAAAAGCUGGAAUCCACUCAAA